CGCCGCAAGGAAAAGAUGAUCCACGUGCGCAUCUCCUGCCAUGCCGACCUCCAAGCCCUGCAGGCCCGCUCCGAUGGGCUCAUGUUUCUAAAGUUGGUCUCUCUCGAGUCCUUGAGCAUAGCAAGCCACUCGUAUGCACUCCUCCUCCGCAACCUGAUUGAGCGGAGGUACUGGCAAUGCCCCCAGAUCCAUCUCCUCUCGCUGGUGGCAGGCGUGGCGGUGGAGCUCGACAAGAUCAAGCAUGGUCUGUUUCCCCUCGUUGAGGCCAAGCUGGGAGACGACGGCUUCCCGGAAGCCCUCCUACUCCUCAAGAACUCAGCACUUGUGCUCCAACGUCUGGCGGAGGACGCUCAGGAAAUAGUCAAAAAAUGUGUCAAAGUUCAAGUGGUGGUGGGCGCAUUGUUAGAGAAAGUUCAAGUGGUGGGCUCAGUGUUAGCGUUUAACGUCGAUGAGGUACUGAAUGGUACUCGCAAGUUUGCCUGGUUUCACUCACGUGUCCCGCCCGUGCUCAAUGAGAUCGACCUUGUGUUGUCCACCCCGGUUUAUUUCCCUGAUUCUGAGUAGUAGACUAUCAGCUGUUUCUUGCCAGCUCGUGACUGUUGUGAUGAAUAUUUUUUUAGGGGCGUUCUGCAACUUGCUUGACAUCUGUCCAACUGCUUGCUACAAUCUCUUGAUAUGCUGAAAUCGAGAUAUAUGUCCUGGUAUC